AUGUCUGGGAAUGGAGAAACCAACGGCCAACCGACGGCCUUUAAAUUUGGUGGCUUCAAGUUUGCCAAAUCUGCAAAACCCAAAUCAGCAAUCCUCCAGAUAGAAAACAAAUUUCAAGCGGAAAGUGCUACCGAAAACAAUGACAACAAUGUGGAUUUUAUUACCGUUAUUGAUGAUAAGCAAAUAAAGGGAACCAAACCUGAAUCUUCAAAGACCGGUGAAUUGAUCAUUCCGUUUAUAGCUGUGAACAAGUACAAAAUCGCCAAAACUAAAACAGAAAAUACAACAGACACAACUACCUCAACAACCGAAACCUCAACUGCCGAAAGUGACAUUGCUGGUGAUCUCAUUUCCAAAGCAAAGCGAGAGCUAAUUCAAGACGCCAAAAAAUAUGAAAAUGAUCAAGACGAUGCGAUACCAGCAUGGAAAUUAAUGGUCAUCAACAAAGCUCCUGCGGAGUAUGAAAAUGAUAGCAAACUAGAUGUUUCCAUCAGGCCGUCAGAGCCUACUCUGGAUGACUAUGAAAGUGUUCCUGUGGAAGCAUUUGGUUCUGCAUUAUUACGCGGAAUGGGAUGGAAGGCCGGAGACCCGAUUGGCGGCAUCAACAAGGCAAUCACGCCCAUCUUUGAGCCUCACAUUCGAGCAAGAGGUCUAGGACUUGGCGCUGAUGCUUCGCUACAAAAACAGCUGCAGAGUUCAGAAAAAGACAAGCGGAAACAUUCAAAUGAUGGCUUUGGCUUGAAAAAACAAUCUGUUGAUGAAGAAAAAAAGUCAGCUCCGCCGACAAAAGAGUCGUUGGCCAAAAAUGGUGGUCAUCAUCUGGAUACUAAAAACUCUCGAUCUUCUAAGCAUUCUUCGCACUCACGACCGAGACUCCACUCACAGUCGACAUCGGCCAGUUUCGCCGAAUUCACGAAAGUCGCCAGUUGA